AAUUGGGAAAAUAUUGAAGAAUACGUAGCUGAUCAGGCUCGAGUUGGACCAGGCGAGCAGGGAAAGCCACUAGCUUUAUAUAAAGCGAAUGGUUAUAAUGCGUAUAUCUCGGAUCUGAUUUCACUGAAUCGAUCUAUGAAAGAUAUUCGUCAUCCACAGUGCAAACAAAUGCAGUAUCAUUCCAAACUUCCGAUGGUUUCAGUAAUUUUUCCUAUGCAUGAAGAGGUCUCCGAAAGAGUUAUUAAAGGAGAUUAUAAUAUGAAAAAACCAUUUUUGAAGAAACCUUUCGAAGAUUUCCUGAGACACGAGAAAAUUGAUCACAUUGUCAAAGUGCUCCGAACCAAGAAAAGAGAAGGCCUGAUUCGUGCACGUCAGCUUGGUGCGGAAAAAGCGACUGGAGAAAUUCUUGUUUUCUUGGAUUCCCACUCAGAAGCGAACUAUAAUUGGUUACCUCCACUAAUCGAUCCGAUCGUUGAAGAUUAUAGAACGGUCGUAUGUCCUUUUGUUGACGUGAUCGAUUGUGACACCUACGAAAUCCGUCCUCAAGAUGACGGAGCGCGAGGUUCGUUCGAUUGGGCAUUCAACUACAAACGCUUGCCGUUGACAAGGAAAGAUCGUGAAAAUCCCACGAAACCGUUCCCCAGUCCUGUGAUGGCUGGUGGUUAUUUUGCCAUUUCGACAAAAUGGUUCUGGGAACUCGGCGGUUAUGAUGAUGGACUGGACAUUUGGGGUGGCGAACAGUAUGAGCUGAGUUUUAAGGUGUGGCAGUGUCAUGGUCGCAUGGUUGAUGCGCCCUGCUCUCGUGUUGGACAUAUUUAUCGUUGCAAAUAUUUGCCGUUCAAGAAUGCCGGAGUAGGAGACUUCAUUAGUAGAAAUUAUAGAAGAGUUGCUGAGGUGUGGAUGGAUGAAUACAAGCACAACUUGUACAAGCAUCGCGCAGGUGUUGGAACUGCAGACACGGGUGAUAUAUCUCGCCAAAAAGCGGUUCGCGAGCGGCUUAAGUGCAAAUCAUUCGACUGGUUCAUGAAAGAAGUGGCGUUCGAUCAGGACAAAUAUUAUCCAGCUGUGGAGCCAAAGCCAUCAACGAGCGGUCAGUUUUUGUAA